CCAACCACCGUCAUCACCGCCGGAACUCCAACAUGGCCGUCGUCGUCAAAGAAUGUGGCUCUCACGGAAGCAGCUCACCCCGCCUCCUCAACUUCCUCCGUCGCAAUAUCAUCUGCUUAGUAAUAUUCAUCAUCGUAACCAUCAUCGGAAUUGUCCUAGCUUGGGUAAUUCUUCACUCACCAAAGCCACACUUCAUCCUCCAAGACGCAACCGUCUUCUCCUUCAACGUCUCAGGCGACCCACCGAACGUACUCAGCUCCAGUAUCCAAACCACUCUCAUCUCUCGUAACCUUAACGGCAAGACAGGAAUCAACUACGACCGUCUCGACGUCUACGCUUCUUACCAGAGCCAGCAGAUCACUCUCCCGACGUCGAUACCGGCGGCUUAUCAAGGAUACGAAGAAGUCAACGUCUGGUCUCCUUUCAUCGGUGGAAAAUACGUCCCCGUCGCUCGGGCCAACGCUUUGUCUCUUAUUCAGGAACAGUCAAGUGGUGGGGUCAAGGUGUUGGUUCAUGUCGUCGGGAAGAUUAGUUGGAAGGUCGGUCCUAUUACGAGGACAUCUGAUCUCUUCGUUAGGUGUCCGGCGUUAAUCAGUUUCGGGAAUAGCGCCGCCGGAGUUAUGGUAGGCGGUAGAGGCGUUAAGUAUACGCUCGUUACCGUAUGCAGUGUUAGUGUCUGA